AUAAUUUAUCAUUGAGUUGGGGUCACUGUUGAUGCAAUGAGGCACUUUGUGAUAGCUCCAGGAUUUCUUCAUGGAGAGAUGACGUCUCAGCUGGACUGGAAGCUCCUUCUGUGCCUGCGGGAAAAGUAGAAAUGCACAGAGCAAAGGUGGGAAGAUGUGAACUAAGAUGAAUCCAGUAGACACUCCAGUCCUUUCUCAAACCCUUUUCAAACUUGUCAAGUUGUGUGAUGUUGCCUAAGAAUGUUUUUUUAAUGCAAUGGCCUAAGUGUGGCAGACACACUUUUGAAUAAAUAUUACGCUAAUUUUCUUUUUAGUGGCUUUUAUCUGCAAAUGGAGUGAUAUUUGCAGUUCUAUUACAAAAGCUAUUCUAAACUAUUUUGAUUUCAUGUGUUGAAAUAUGCUUCAUCAAGAAAAAUAUACCUUAGCUAGAAUGUUAAAAAAUGCAAACAUGUAAGUCUCAUCACUGUUGGAAUUAUGAUUUGGUGUAGUGCUGAUUUGGGUACUUAUAAUUUAAUUUAUCUGAUUAUGCUUGCCGAAUGUUCUUAAUGGUUUUUUUUAGUUAAUUGUGACCUUAUGGCACCGUUGAAUAAUUACAAUGGAGUUUACAGUAAAUAAAAUAACGAAAUUAAUCAUUAUAAUUAAUUGUUCUACAGGUAUAUAUUUAAAAUUGAUUUUUUUGGUAAACGUCUAAAUUCAUAAACUCUGAGUGUCUAUUUUAAUCCGCCUUAUUCAAUGUUUUACAUAGUAUUGUUAUUUACGACAUUGUCGUUACGUGUCUGUCGGAAAGAUGGCGCUGUAGAGCUGCAGUGUUGCCAAGGAAACGAUUGAAAACAACCGGUGGCGCAGUUCAGAAGUGUCCCGACUGCGCUUGGACAAAACUCAACAACCGCUGAACGCGUUCCUAGGGAGAAGACGGCAAGUUUCUCAUUCACGAGCUGCUCGGAUGUUCUCCGGAGAUUUUAUUUUAAAAGAGCCGCUUCCUGCUCCCGAAACUCGGACUCUUCGCUGGUUUUGAAGUGGAGGAGCGAUGACUGAACCGGCACAGAGGACUCCAUCCUCCAAUGGCGUGCCUUGACCCUUGAGCUGAUAGUUUCCAGCAGCAGCUUCUCGUGACGCUCUGGCAGACCUCAGGAAACCCUGGGGUGGUUUGAACUGUACGCCGCAGCAACAGGGAUGAUAACAUCCCAUAUGAACGGUUAUGUGCAAGAGGCCUCUGGUCAGGCCAUGAGCCACAGAGAGAGGGCUGUGGACUGUCCGGGGCAGGAAAGCAGCCUUGUCAAAUCCCCUCACUGCAGUGCCCACAUGGAGAGGAUCCAAUAUUACCAAGAGGAGCUGAGGAGGAGGAGAGAGGAGGACAACAAGGGGAAACAUGACAUUGAUCCAAACGCCUCUCUGAGGCUCAAAAAGCUGUCGCAGAACCAAAAAGUUGGCAUUGACAAUCCCACCUUUGAGAGGAAGGAAAAGGCUUCCGAAGAUGCGGCCUGUCUGGGUCCUGUUGUUGAGCUGGUGGAGCUGUUGCAGGUUCUGAAGUGGGCGCAGAGCUGCUUGAGUGAUGCUCAGAGCCAGCAGGAUGUGGAGCUGAUCAUGCAGCUCCUGACCAAGGAGGAAUUCAGGACCGCCUAUAGCAUCUACACCGCUGUGUCCCAGCAGAUGAACCGAGCCAGUCCCACGUCGCCGCUCACGUCCCAAGCACAGGACCUCUGCCAGGAGGUUCAGAGGAUUCUCCAGUCCAGCCAACAUAAGGAGGGUCUGGAGCUCCGUGUGCUGCUCACCAAUCCCCACCUCCAGGCGCUGAUGCAGGCCCAUGACGAUGUGGCCGUGCAGGAAAUAGCAGAGGAAAACGUGAGCCGGUACCUCGGAGAGACGGUUAAAUUAGUGCGUCUGGAGAAGGCCAAAGACACUCCUCUGGGUGCAACAGUACGCAAUGACAAUGACAGUGUGGUGGUGAGUCGUGUGGUGAAAGGCGGAGCGGCGGAGAGGAGCGGCCUGCUGAGCGAAGGCGACGAGAUCCUGGAGAUCAACGGGAUUUCUAUUCGUGGAAAACACAUCAACGAAGUCCAUGACCUACUGCAAGUAAUGCACGGAACUCUGACCUUCCUCCUCAUCCCGAGCUCUCAGGUCAAACCCACCCCUCACAGACAGACUGUGAUGCAUGUUCGCGCUUACUUCGACUAUGACCCCUCUGACGACCCGUUAGUGCCGUGUCGGGAGCUGGGUUUGUCCUUCCAGAGAGGAGACAUACUCCAUGUCAUCAGCCAGGACGAUCCCAGCUGGUGGCAGGCCUACAGGGACGGGGACGAGGACAACCAGCCUCUGGCUGGACUCAUUCCAGGUAAAAGUUUCCAACAACAGAGAGAGAGCCUUAAGAAGACUAUAACCGACAAGAGCCAAGAGCAGCAAGGGAAACUUUGGAGUUCAAAGAAAAUCAAGAAGCAUAAGAAGAAGAUUUCUUCAAACUUGAGCAAAGAGAGCGACGACAUCCUGACCUACGAGGAGACGUCCCUCUACCACCAGCCGGCUAAUCGCAAGCGCCCCGUAGCUCUGAUUGGUCCCGCAAACAGCGGCCACGAUGAGCUGCGUCGGAGGCUUCUGUCCACAGAUCCGGAGAAGUUUGCUGUCGCCGUCCCACACACGACCAGGAACCCCAGGAUACACGAGCGAAACGGACGGGAGUACCAUUUCGUGAGCCGCUCCGCCUUUGAGACGGACCUGGCGGCAGGGAAGUUCAUAGAGUCCGGGGAAUAUGAGAAAAACCUGUACGGCACCAGCACCGACUCCGUCCGACACAUCAUCAACUCCGGUCACAUCUGCUUGCUCUGUCUGCACACGCGAUCUCUGCAGGUGCUGAGGUCCUCCAACCUCAAGCCCUAUGUCAUCUUCAUCUCUCCUUCUCAAGAGCGACUGCGCACCCUGCUGGCUGCAGAAGGGAAAACACCAAAGCCGGAGGAGCUGAAGGAGGUCAUCGAAAAGGCCCGCGAGAUGGAGCUCAACUUCGGCCACAUUUUCGAUGCCACCAUCGUCAACGUGGAUGUGGGCCAGGCUUUCCUGGAGCUCUGCAGGUUAAUCGAUAAGCUGGACACCGAGCCUCAGUGGGUGCCCACAUCCUGGCUGUGCUAGACGCGGUUUUCUCUUUACUAAAAGGAGUCUCAGGGAAGGAGGAGGUAGAAAAACUGAACGAGGAGGACUUUCACUUCCACAGGGUCCUUAUUCGUGCUGCAGGGAUGGUUCUUUGAUGUUCCUUUGUUGGUGUGUGUCUUCCGUGAAUGUUCUGUUGUGUGAAAAUGUGUGUUGAUCUCAGUUUAUACAAAAUCAUUUAUGUGUUGUUAGUUAUUUAUAAUUGUAAAUACAUAUAUAUUUGUAGAUGAUGUGUUGUUGAACCAAAUUUGGUACAUUCAGUUUCAAAAAGGCUUUGUUUAAGAAAAACAUGGAACCAAAACCUCAUGAGAGAAAAGGAUAGAAGUAGAUUUUAUGCAAUGAGAACAGUUUUAAAAUCCGCUGUAGUGUUCUUAAACCAGCAUCAGUAUUUGUUCUCCUUUACAAGACCUCAGGCUGGUUUUCAGUACUAUGUUCUAAUGCUGCACAAUACAGCUGAGGUCGUUUUAUACGCACUAGAGUCUAAAAGCCACUAAUUCCUGCACUUUCCAAGGAAGUCUCUGCUAAAGUGUUAAUAAAAACAGAAUGUGACCAAGCUGA